UCAAAUCUCCCCUACGGCAUCUCGCCACCGCCCCACCAUGGACGAUAGCGCCGGCGAAGCCGGCGGCCAAAUCCAGGGGCACGGGUGCAGUUCGUACCCCCUUUCAUUUCCUUCCCAGCCGCCGGACAUCAAGAACUGGUUCUCCAGCUACGAGUAUGAAUCGCCGGAGGUUCCGGAGUUGGUUGCUGAUCCUGCCGUCGAGAACGGCAGCGAGACCCAAGACCCGUUCGAGCAUCCAUUAUCCAAACAUUCGUUCCGGGAUGGCGGUAUUGCUUUGAGGGAAAAUUGUUUGGGAGAACAAUCUUUGCCUGAGGUUUUUGCUGGAAAAUAUUUGGUUCCGGUUGAUAAGAGUGCGACGAAGCCCGCCACCAAAAGGAAGCAAAGCCUGCGGACACUGUUUGGAGAGGGUUUUCUUGAUAAGGAUGAGGAAGCUGCUGAAACUGAAGGUCAGAGAUUGUUGCCUGUGCAGAGAAAUGCACUGGAGCCACCGUCAGAUUGCGUAGCAAGCUUACCUGAUACUAACCAAAGCCAGGAAUGGUCAGCUGAGCACAGCAAUUUGCUGGUGGAUUGUGAUGGUAUUAGUUCAGUUGAUACUCAAGAAAGCACCCCUGCAGAUCAGGAGGUUGAGUGCAGUAAACAGUCUGUUGAUUAUGAUGAUGCAAGCUUGUCCAAUAUUGAUGUUGGAGAAGGCUUUGCAGAAGAUGUCAUCCACCAAAUUGAACAGCCACUCAAUUCCAACGGUGCCAAUCUAGUUGCCACUGAGAAAAAUAACCAAGAUGGUGUGGAGCACACCUUACGUCCUGCUAGUCACAACAAUUUCAAUUUAGCUGAUACUCAAGAGAAUUCUCCACUAGAGGGAACUCGACACUGCAAGAUUGCAUUAUGCAGUAAAAGGCCACAAGAAACAGUUGCAUCAGAUGGUUUUAUAGCUGUCAAGAGAAAGGAGAAGCGACCUGAGGAAUGCAGAGUGAACGAAAUUCCUAGACACCCAAUGGGGAGGGAGAAGGAAAACGGAAAAUUACAAGAGAACAAUGGCAUUUCGGAGCAGAAGGUUUUGGACCAAGAGCAAACUAGACAUCCCUUGGCAGAUAGAACUAAUUUUUUGGAAGUAGCAGCAGCAGCUCCCGCACAAGAGGUCAGCAGGAAAUGGAAAUGCCCUCGCAAAGGCAAGCCCUUUGUUGGUCGUCCACUGAAGCAGCUCCGGUUGGAACAGUGGGUACGCCAAAUGAAUUGACAGUUCAACACUGGCAGCUUGGUCAGUAGAGUAUGCAUAAUAAACUUGAAGCCCAGAGUUUCUAGUUUGGUAUAGAUUGGACCAAACUUUCUGCACUUUUUUCAGCUCUACCAUCCCGUAGAUGUGCAUGCCAUACAGUAGAUCAUUUACACCUGUUGCAAUUUUAGUGCUGUUCCAUUUCGCAUGUUUAGCACCAGGGGACUAAGUUUCAGGUCGAACAGGCUUCAUAUUCUGUGAAUUAUUGUUUAGAAGAUGAAUUUCUGUGAAUCUGUUGAUGCUGCUGAGGAAAAAAACUGAUCCUGUAACUAUAAUGAAUUGGUUGUUCAUCCA